UCACUCGCCGCAGUCAGUCGCACCUCGGCCCCGUUCUGUACUAGACGCAUGUUGCAGUGAUAAGCAUUGAAUUGACUAUUACGUCUCGCAGUUAAAUUCAUUAGUUUUCCUUCUGAGAAAACCAAGUGAUAAUAACCGCGCCUCGAGGCUUGUGAGUGGAUUUGUCAUAUGUGCUAAUACUCGUAUCGGAGCAUUGCUACACCACGAAAGUUUUCGGACGUUCAGCAGUAGCAGUAGCAGCACAAAAAGCGGUAUCGGCGAUGCGGCGUCCGCGCAGCACGAGGAGGAUGCGGCCGUGAGCCGAGACGACUCCGCGAAGAACAGCGCCGGCAUGGAUCGCUGGCAGACCACGCUCGAGGACAUGAUUCACCUGCGUUCCUCCAACAACCAGGCCUUCAAAGAUAACUAUUGGGCUCAAAAUGGCUUCGAUGAGUUGCGUCGCUACGUGAAGCAAGGCAGCGACUUCAGUAAGGAGCUGGCCUCCAUUUUACAAGAAAGGGUAGAAGCAGAAAAUUAUUAUUCGAAAUGCUUAACGAAACUCAGUACCAAGUUAAGCAAAGCUUGCAAAGAGAGUGUCGGCUCGUGCGCAGAGGCGUGGAAGCAUGUGGCCUUAGAAAUGGAGAAACGGUCAGAAAUACAUAGAAAUUAUUCCAGUGCCUUAACCGAAGAGCUCGUAAAACCAAUGAAACAUGUCAUAGAUAGCCAACUUAAACUAAGAAAGAAGAUUGAAGGUAAUGUUGAUAAAACGACACGUACUUUGUCCGACUGGAGGUCUGCCGAAGCCAAAUCGAAGCGGCAGUCGCACGCGGCGGCGCGAGAAAACGAGAAGUUACAAGACGCCUCACUAGAUGCUAGCCGCAUAUCGCGGAGCUCGAGUGUGGGUCACAUUCCGCAUUCCAUUUUGAGCGCGGCGCGGGCGGACCGCACCACAAACCCGACGAGUGAGAGGGACGCCGCCAAACUGCAGGUAAAGAAGAAGAAAACGGAGGAUGCUGUUAAGAAAACCGAGGUCGAAUAUUAUAACGUCUGCGUUCAGGCCGAAAGAGCGAGGUUGGAAUGGGAAACGAGCGUCGUGAAAGGUGCGGGGAUGCUGGAAUCCCUCGAAGAGGAGAGACUCGCUCAGAUGAAGAACUCCGCCGAUUGUUAUCUGAGGCUGACGGCAGCUGUACCUCCACAGUUAGCAGAGGCUACGAACGCUCUCGUGGGGCCGAUCAAAAACGCGAAUGCGAAUGUGGACAUGCGUGUGGUGCGAGGCGUGCGCUCGGCGCCGGCCGGAGCCAGCGAGCAACUGUUGCCUGACUUCUACUGCGAGCACACCACGCUCGCCAUGAACAGAGAACGACGAAAACAAGCAUUGCUCAAAAUUAUGCAAUUAGUAAAACAAGAUAUAGAAAGAGAACGCAAGUCCAAGCAAGGCUUGGAGAAAUUAUCGAUGGCUAUGAAACAAACGCCGACUUUUGGUAGCGACGACUCUCAACAAAAUGUCGCCGACAAAUUGUAUCAUAUGAGAUCCAUGCUAACCUACUUGGAGGCGGUGCGGCACAAAAUAACUUCAAGCUUGAGCGAACUAGACAACCGACCACCCUGCCAGCAUCCUCUGGCGACGCAUAUUCAGGUCGUUAGAGACAAACAGGGCCUCCAACAGAGCAUUCUUAAGAUUCCGCCAUGGCUGCAAGCUGAUUACCAAAACGAAGUUAACAAAAACCUACAGCCGAAUUACACAGCUUUAUCGAAAAGCGUGAAUGGAGGGGAUGAGAAGGAACGGCGUGACUCCAUCAUGAGCCGCGCGUCCAGCAAAUUGCGCAUCGAACAUCUGUCGUUCAGGCGCAACACGGAGCACAAGAGUGCACCGGUGACGCCCUUGUGCGCGGAGCCGCCCUCACCUCUCAAGCCACCCUCGCCAGAACCGCUGCCGCCGGAGAGCCCGCUCGACUGGAGCGAGCGCGGCGCCGGGGACGGCCUCUCCAAUCAACAGGAUAGUGAUUUUGACGAGUUCUCGUCGCAAAGUGACAGUUCAACAGAUCUAACAGACGUGGGGAAGAAUAGCACGAGCGAUGAACCAGUGCAGAAGUACAUCGGCAAAUGUCGCGCGCUCUACUCGUACGAGGCGAGGUUGGACGACGAACUCACCUUGUCACCAGGUGACAUUAUAAAUAUAUACGAGAAACAAGACGACGUCUGGUGGAGUGGGGACUUGAAUGGCUCCUUUGGAAUCUUCCCGUCAUCAUACGUCGAAGAAAUCACCUCUUGCAUAUGAAGCUGCGAAUUAUACCCAGUAUCGUGACAGAGAACCUUUACCUGAACCGCACACGAGAGAGUAAACAGAGAUUGCAUGUGCAGUUAUUGGGAAAUAUAAAUUAUUGUACUAAUCACAUUUUUUGUUAAAAACACUAUCGUCCUGCGUUUGCACAGAGUGCCUCAAUUAUUUUACUUCUUCAAUCUAUACGCGGUUUCGGAGUCAGCAAACCGUAACGAUCCACCGUGUUCAUCUUUGACUCUCAGACGUUAGUGAAACGCAUUACAAAAUUACAGUAAAAACAAAUUUGCUAAAGUGAAAACAGACCAGUCCGUUACGUAACAUUAAUAAAGUGAGCCGCGCUGCUGCGCGAUGCUCCCUCGCCGGCCGUGCUGCAAAAACUAUUCCACAGUUGGCUGCAGACUUAUUUGAUCAAUAAACAAAAGCACAAAAUGGGAAUUUAUUACAUUUGUAGUAUUCGUACUUAAUUUACACUUCGUUUAUAAAGUAUUUAAGAAUAUGAAUAUAUCGAGUACUUGCGGCAAAAAAUGCCACUUUAAAUAAAUACUGGUUUUCUGCCUUUGUCAUCAAUUGCCUUUUUUCAUUUUACCGUCUUCAUAAUAGUUUUAAUAGGGAUAUUCUUGUUGGUACCGUGUAGAUAAACGUUCGUUAAUUAUUUAUAAACAUUGUGUAUAGAUAAGUACUUAGACGUAACUACUGUUUUUAGAACGUCAUUCGAGAGAUCGUGAAUAUUCGGAGAGACUAUGAUAAGUGGCAAAUAACCUGCAAUAUGUACGUGUAAGUGUGUUAGCGUUAAAUUAAACCAAAGUAUUUUAUAUAAUAAACAAAAUGGUGAUAAUUAUACAUAACUGACUACUUAAUUGUA